AUGACCCGCACGACCAGCGAUCCCCAGGACAAGACCGCCACUGCUACGCCCAAGGACGUCGAGGCCACGCGUGGCUCGUCGUCCGACGAUGAGCAGCAGCAGCAGCAGCAGCAGCCACUCGAGCCCGCGCCCGCCGUGGCCGCUCUGAGCACGCGCAAGGCGCUGUGGGCGUUUCUCAUCCUGUGCUACUCCACCGGCCCGACUGCCUCCAUGGUGUUCAACUACGUCUCCGCCGCCAUCCAGAGCGCCGCCAACAUCGUCGGCCGCCAGCCCGGCUCCAACAAGCCGUGCCCGCGCCGCGGCAGCAACGUGCCCUGCUCCGUGCGCUUCGGCGCCGGCGAGGUCGACUAUGUCAGCUAUCUCCUGUACCUGCGCGCCAUCGGCCGCGCCCUCGAGGGCGUCAUCACCAUCUUCAUCUCCGGCAUCGCCGACUACUCGCACUACCGCAAGACCAUGCUGAUGCUGGCCAUCGUGCUGUUCGGCGCGCUCGCGGUGCCCUUCGCCGGCCUCACGCAGGCCAACUACAGCCACCUGACGGCGCUGUCGGUGCUGUACGUGUGCAUCACCACCGUGCAGGGCGUGUACGUGGUCAUCGAGGCCUCGUACAUCCCCAUCUUCAUGCGCUCCGUCGGCGGCUUCCGCAGCCUCCUGCCCGGCCGCGACGUCGCCGCCGCCGUCGCCGUCGCCGAGCCCGGCCCCGCCUCGCAGGAGAAGCGCACCUGGGUCAAGGGCUUCACCGUCAGCGUGCUGGCCCUCGUCGCCGGCAACGUCGGCGGCCUGACCGCCCUGCUCGUCGGCGUCAUCCUCGUGUACGCCCGCGGCUCGUACGUCAAGAUCGGCUACCACAACUACCUGCUGGCCAUCACCAUCGCCGGCUGCCUGACGAUCGUCUUCGCCGUCGUCGGCCUGUCCAUGCUGCCGUCGGUGCAGGGCAAGCCGCGGCCCAAGCGCGGGCGCAACCUGCUGCUGCUGUCCGGGCGCAACUGGUGGCGCCUGGUGACGUCCAUCGGCCGCUACCCGGAGGCCUUCAAGCUGUGCGUGGCGUGGGUGCUGUGGUACACGGCGUACUCCAACUACCUGGGCCUGAUCCAGGCGCUCUUCCUGCAGGUCACGGGCAUCAACAACGGGUCGGGCGUGUACCAGGUGUGGUCGUUCACCAACAUCAUCUUCGCGUGCAUGGGCAGCCUGGGCUUCCUGCUGGCGUUCCCGCGUGUCACGGCGCCCAUCAAGCGCUGGGCGUACGGCUUCCUGGCCGUCAACUUCCUGUGCAUCUUCUGGGGCUGCCUGGGCAUCAGCGCGCGCGUGCCCAUCGGCUACAAGCACCACGCCGAGUUCUGGGUCGAGCAGGUGCUGUUCAUGAGCACCAGCAGCGCCCUGCGCUCGUACAACCGCGGCGUCUACGCCACCCUCAUCCCCGAGGGCUCCGAGGCCCAGUUCUUCGGCCUCGAGCUCACCCUCGACCUGGCCACCGGCUGGAUCAACCCGCUGGUGCAGGGCGUCAUCCAGAACCGCACCCGCAACCUGCGCUUCCCCAUGCUGGCCAACGUGCUGCUCAUCACCGUCUCCAUCCUGCUCUACAUCUGGGUGGACAUCCCCAAGGGCAUCGAGGACGCCAAGGUGCCGCUGGACCUCGACGACGCCGAGGAGCAAUCGUAA